AUGUGGGCCAAACUCGGAUCUCAAGGUGCAGUCAUAUGACUCCCUGAUGGAAGUGAGAGUGGGAGACCCUACAAGCUGGAAAUGGUUGCUGAAACUCCUUCAACAGGUUUUGUGAUCCUGAACGUCUCCUGCUGUCUGACGUCAGUCCUUGAGCUCCAGAAGAGUUUCGGGAAGAGACGCUUUGUUUAAGUCGCAGUAGUCUGCAGGAGGAUGAAAGUUUGUUGUCUGUUGACAUACUCUUCUUCACCUGUGCGUGGUUUGACCGUGACUACCCCAGGCACACAUGGAAGAUCUGAAUGACGGAAGUCCGGGGCACACAGACGCAGAGGAGACACGCUCCCCGGACAUUCCCCGGUCAGAUGUCCGCUCCGAGAGGAGGGUAGCAGCGGUCAGCUCCACUGCUCUGCCCGCCGCACGACUCACCUUACCCGGGGUCAUGGACGCAGAGGGGAGGGUCGAUGAGUCAAGACUGAGGAUGUAUAUUUUCAAAAACGGUGGCGUGUGUCCCUCUGAGCGGGGCCUUGUGUGGCGUUUCCUGUUUGGGAUGUACCCAUGCAGCUCGACAGCUUUGGAGCGCUCUCUGCUGCAGGAGCAGAUGGUGGUACGUUAUCAGGUCAUGAAGAGAAAGUGGCAGCAGUUCCUUCCAAAGGCCGUACGGAUGCACCUCAACGGCACUGAUGCCGAGUUGGUGGCAGCAGUCAGGCACUUUGACCAGAGGCAGGCUCAGGCCCAGCAGCAGACCCAGGACCAGUCAGAGGAGGUCAGGGACAGACUAGCUUUCUUGGAGCUUCAGGCACAGAUAUUGUUUGAGCGCGUCACGUUUGACCAAGAUGAGCUGCGAGAAGCCACAAGGAUUAUUGACAAAGAUGUGCCGAGAACAAACAGAGACCUGAGCUAUUACCAGGAGGAAGGUUUGGGGAAUCUGUUGGUGUUGAGAGAUAUCCUCAUCACAUAUGCUGCGUUUCAUCCAGAGGUCAGUUAUGCACAAGGAAUGAAUGACCUGUGCAGCCGGUUCCUGGAGGUCCUCGACUCUGAGGUGGACACUUUCUGGAGUUUCUCCUGUUACAUGGAGAAGUUCUCCAAGGACUUCAGGGCGGAUGGUCUGCACAGGAAAAUAGAGUUGGAGGCAGCACUGUUGAAGGAACUGGAUCCUUCACUUUAUGCUCAUUUGGUCUCAGACAGCAUGGAGAGCUUCACCUUCUGCCACAGGUGGCUGCUGCUUGGUUUCCAGAGGGAGUUUGAACAUAGUGACGCAUUACGUUUAUUUGAGAUCCUGAGUUGUGACCAUCUGGAGCUUAUCUCCCAGCAAGUAGACCGAGCCCGUUAUCAGGAAAGGCUGGCACGAAACUGCAGCACAGAGGACCAUUCAGAGUCGCAGCUGCAGGCCAUCAACACUGACUUCACAUUUGAGCUCUUCAUCUGUGCAGCCAUACUGUUGGAGAACAGAGAGUCUCUGCUGCGGUGCCGCGAUGAUGUGCAGCUUAUCCAGUUUACUAGCAGUCUUCAGGGAACACUGGACCUGAACAGCACGCUGAAGAAAGCAGAGCGCCAUUUGUACAACUACUGCAAGCGCUGUGCGUGGGACUAUAUGAAUGAGUGCUGCAGAGCAGACAUCAGCACAGAAGAAGACUUUCUUUAUCAACUCCGUAGUUUACUUGUAUUAAGGUGAUAGCUACUAUUUAAAUACAUGAUGUGAAACACUUAAGAAACUGUAAUUUAGUACAAGGGACAUGCAAUCCUUAUUUCAAGUGUUGAUGACAAAUAUGCUUCCCUUUUUUUUUAUUUCUGAGGGAAACACACUAAUGGCUUCUUACCUUAAGUUACUGCUGUUUAUUAUAAAUGUACAGUAUUUAUUUUAUGUCAGUUGACCAACUGUAAGUUAUUUAGUUGCUAUCCUGAAGGAUUUAUUUUCCUGGGUUAUGCAAUAUUCAACUUCUAGAAGAAAAACAACUACUCUGCAGGCGUGUGUGAAUACUAAGAUCUGGUGUGUCGCAACAGGUGGUAUCUCUGCAAUGAACUGCAGUUAUACCAAUGCCAGAUGGCCCACGUGUCAAAGAGGCCUAUAACAGGAAUAGACCCAGAGAGUCCUGCAGAAAGGGGAAGGAACACUUUCUGCACUACUGUGUCUUAAAUAUUAAAUGAAAAAUGAUACCUCAAUUAAACUACUCAAGAUUG